CCGCUGGGGGCAGCACAGGCAGUGUUUACAACAUGAGGACACCACCGAGUUGCACGAGCGCGUUGCAGGUAGCGUAGAAUUAGAAUUGGAGACAAAUUUACUGGAGGUCGCUUUGGCAGCUGCUUUAACAUACAUUUUCUUCCGUGAAAGUUAGUAAAACUCUGGCAGAACUAAGUCAAGGAUUGCAGCUCGAGAUAAAAGUAUUAGUUUAGAUAAAACAGCUGCGAAAAAAAAAAACAUUAACUCGCUGGCUCCUGCUUGGUCCCGAGCAGCUAGCUAACAGUUAGCUGUAGGGGCUACUUAGCUAGCGAGGUCCAGCCCAAAAUUCUGUUUACCUCGAGUGAAUGUUGCCACCGCCUGAGCUUUUUACUAUUAUCUGGGGCAAAAGAAAAGCAGGACCACGAGUUCACGCUGGAUUUUAAAACACCGCUUUGAGGGAAAAGCAGCAGGAUGUCCGCCGAGGUUCAGUGCAGUCCGGCCGACCCGGGUUUGACAGCCGGUAGCUCCGGUGGAGCGCAGGGGGAGAAGCACAACAAGCCCGGGGAGGCUCACCAAGAGGAUCGGGAGCGCGGAGGUUCGGAGGCGCAGCCGGCGGAUCGUAUCCACGAGCCCGAGGAGUGCAAAGAAAACGACAAGGAGAACGAGCAACGAGAAGGAGGCAGCAAUGCUGACUCGGCGGUUCAAGUCGUGAAGAAGAAAGUUGUUGAAGCUCCUCCACCGAAGGUCAACCCGUGGACGAAGAAGACCACAGGCAAAGUCCCGGCUAAUAAAAUAAUCCCGAGCCCCCAGGAGACAGAUCAACAAAAUGCUCUGAAAGUCGUUCGAGCCAGCAAGCCAAGAUUGAGAAAAUCCAGCAAGUCGGGUGACUUCAGUGACAUCACAAACUGGCCCACUCCAGGAGAACUGGCCAAAGAGCAGCAACAGAAUCUCAGCAACAAUGAGAAGAGGCCUUCUUCACGCAGAGAAAGGAACAAAAGAAGAGAGCGACCGGAGAGAAAGUCAGAAAGCAGCCGUAAUGGCGGUGAGAGCAAAGAGAACCAGGAGGCUCAGCCAGACCCACUGGGAGCCCGGUCCAAAGAGGAAGAGUCCAAAGAGGUGCAAGAUGCCAAAAGUACCAGUUUGAAGAAAAGAGGAGGUGAGGGUAACAAACGAAAGUGGGUUUCUCUGCCACUGGAGGAAGCGUCCCGGGAUGAUGCACACAAGAUGUCUAGUGGGUGCCCAUCUCGCUCAGACACCGAGCCCAUCAGCAGCUCGCCCGAUACCACGUCGCCCAAUCAAACGCUCCAUAAUACCAGGCUGCAUGAUAGCAACUGGAGGUGGAGAGGGGAAGUGAGGGACAAUGGGGAUGAUACCACCAGUGUUCGUAGCGAAGGAGGAAUACGAGGACGAGGAAAGGGCCGUGGACGUGGGAGAAGUCGCGGAAGAGGUCGAUUCGAGCACUUCCGAGACUCCCAGUCGUCCAAUGGCUCUACUCAGGUGCCCCCAGCGUUUGGUACCAAUAUGGUUUACUAUUACGAUGACGGUAGCAAGGUCCAGAUGUACACAGUGGAUGAAAAACUGCUCAAGGAAUACAUCAAACGGCAAAUCGAAUACUACUUCAGCAUCCACAACUUGGAGCGAGACUUCUUCUUGAGGAGAAAGAUGGACGCACAAGGCUUCCUCCCCGUCUCCCUCAUCGCCGGCUUCCACAGAGUUCAGGCUCUAACUACAGAUAUCAGCCUCAUCAUAGAGGCUUUGAAAAACAGUACAGAAGUAGAGGUGGUGGAUGAUAAGAUUCGCUGUAAAACAAAUCCCGAGAGCUGGCCCAUCCCCACUCCCUCAGUGGUGGGUUCCCCUCGCACAGACUUCUCCCAGCUCAUCAACUGUCCUGAGUUUGUUCCCCGGCAGAACCUCGUCUCCUCGAACACCGCUUCAUUGCCCAUGACUGCGCCUCCUCUCGAGUCAGUGCAGCCUGAGACUUUGGUUAAACUCGUCCCCUCCAAGCAGGAGUCUCUUUCAACAACAGAUGAAUCCAAAGACCCCCCAGCCCUCAAACCUGAUCCCGACGCCUGGAUCCAGGUGGAGAAACGCCACCGACAGGCCUCUGGAAAACCAAAGGCGGAAGGCAAGUCGCCUCUCCCGAGCCACCAGGCUCCUCCACAGGCAGAACUGGACCAGGAGGAGCUGGACUUCAUGUUUGACGAGGAGAUGGAACAGCUGGCGCCCAGGAAGAAUAAGUUCACAGACUGGUCGGACGAGGACGACUCUGACUACGAGUUGGAUGACCAGGACGUCAACAAGAUCCUGAUCGUCACGCAGACCCCGCCGUACGUUCGCAAGCAUCCCGGUGGUGACCGCACGGGAAGUUACGAGUCCAGGGCCAAGAUCACAGCGGACCUGGCCAAAGCCAUCAACGAUGGGCUGUACUACUAUGAGCAGGACCUGUGGAAGGGAGAGGAGCAGGUUGAGUUCAGCAAGGACGUGGAAAACUUCAAGAAGCUGAACGUCAUCAGCAAAGAUGAGUUUGACACCCUCACGCCUAAAGUGCCGGUCGAUCCAAACCAGGAGGUCCCGCCUCCUCCCAUGCCAGUGGAUAGCGGCGUAGAUCUGGCUCGCUCUUUGCCUACAACGGUCCCAGAGUCACCGAGCACUUGCCAACCUCGAACCCCCAGAACGCCACGCACACCCGGACGCCAGGACCCCAACAAGACGCCGCGCUUUUAUCCCGUCAUGAAAGAGAGCGCUACCAUUGAUGGACAGAUGGCGAGGAAAAAGAAGACCCGCCACAGCUCAAACCCCCCACAAGAAGCUCACAUCGGCUGGGUGAUGGACUCUCGGGAACACCGGUCGCGUUCUGCAUCCAUCAGCAGCUCCAACGCCUCUCCGUCAGAAGGAGCUCCUCUGGCUGGAAGCUUCGGCUGCACCCCCCAGUCUCUGCCCAAAUUUUGGCAUCCAUCCCACGAGCUGCUUCGGGACAAUGGCUUCACUCAGCAGGGCUACCACAAGUACCGCCGACGGUGCCUUAACGAGAGGAAACGGUUGGGGAUCGGCCAGUCUCAGGAGAUGAACACUCUUUUCAGAUUUUGGUCCUUUUUCCUCCGGGACAACUUCAACAGGAGGAUGUACGAAGAGUUUAAACAGUUUGCUCUGGAAGACGCCAAGGAAAACUACAGGUAUGGACUGGAGUGCCUGUUUAGAUACUACAGCUACGGUUUGGAGAAAAGGUUCAGGCUAGAUCUGUUCAAAGACUUCCAAGAGGAGACCCAGAAGGACUUCGAGAAAGGUCAGCUGUAUGGACUGGAGAAGUUCUGGGCCUUCCUGAAAUAUUCAAAAAUAAAGAACCAGCCCAUCGACCCGAAGCUGCAGGAGCACCUGUCCAAGUUCAAGAACCUGGAGGACUUCAGGGUGUUGCCUCCACCCGGAGAGGAGGGAGGCCGGAGGAGACACCACUCGUCCUCCGGCGGGGACGAGGGAAGACGACGUCGACAGUCUUCCAACGUGGCAUCAAAGCAGGCCUCCAAGACCUCCAACGCCGCCGCCGCCGGCUCCUCAUCCGCUGCUGCAACCAAAGACGCCACCGAGAAAACACUGACCGCCCGCGGGAAGAAGUCCGACCCCCGAGGUGGGAAGGAGGACCGCGGAGACCAGAUCAAAUGAAGCGUCGUCCUCCGGGUGCGAGUAUGAGCAGAAGGUUUCCAGAGCAAAGCAGCUCGACUGGUUUCAGGGUCAAACUGGACCGUUUGACUUAAUUUCAUGGCUUUUAUCGGUGACAACCCGUUAAAACAAAAAUGCCGUUUAUCUUUCAGAUGCCAAACUCUUGGGGUAAAUUGUUCGCUGUGAGCGGAGAGCUGUUAAACCGCAGCCGCAAUUUUACCAAAAUAAGAGCUCAUCUUUUUGUGCCUUGGAUCUUCAUCAUCAGUGUGACUAAAUUCAACUUUUAAAUUUUUUUAAAAGUCUUCCUAAUUCUUUCAGGGUUCGAUCAUAUCUUAACAUGACGACACUUGUGUGAGUUUUAGUUUUUGACAAUCAGGUUUGCAGCUGCAGUCGUAGAUUUCUGAACGAUCGACCCCGAAGCUUCUCCGCUGACUGCCAAACAGUGCAGCUAUACAACAAAAAUAAUGUUUUUCUUUUAUUUAAAAACUUUUUAAAAAUUCUGGUAAUUUUCCUUCUUACGCCCCGAGGUAGAUAAUUUAUUAUUCAUUUACCUGAUUGAUGCAAUAGUCUUAGGCAAUCGCUGCAUUUUUAAUGGUUUUGCUGUUGAAUUUAAUCGAAAUGCAAUUUGUUUUUGGCUGGAAUUAUGGGUGUUAACUAGCGUCACAGAACUAUAAUUUUUCUUCACUGGACUAAAGAGGAUUUUAGAGUUAAAAUUGAAAAAGCAAAAAAUGUAAAUAUUAUAAAAAAUGAUUUGCUAUUAGAUCUAUUAAUUUGAUUUUAGGAAGUGAUUUGUUUUCUCAGCAGUGUUUUGAGUGUAAUGCAUGUUGAUGAAUUGUAAA